UCAGUGGCUUGGCAUCAGGUCUAAAGUGCAUGCUGAGAUCAGAUAAGGUUCAGGUCCUCACAUGUAGAUCGCGCCUGGACACGUGUGGUCUGGUAUACGCUGCACAAAGUAGUUACCUAAUACUGUGACUGUUCCUGUGUGGACUAACAACACACGUUGCACUACGAUGAGGCUGAUCUACUGCUGCAGUGCUUUGCUCCUGCUCCUUCUCGUUCCCAGAGUCUGUCAAGCUGGAAACAUCUUGGUUGUUCCCAUUGAAGGCAGCCACUGGAUAAACAUGGAUAUUCUACUUCAAGCUCUGCACUCAAGAGGACACAAUAUAACCAUUCUGCGUUCUAGCAAAAGCUGGUACAUCACAGACAACUCCUCCGAUUACAACAUUGUCACAGUCCAAGUGGAGAAGAGCUUGGAUCAGAAGUUCAUCACAGAUAUCAUAUCUAAGGGCAUUGAAUUUGAGAGGGGCACUAUUUCCUCAGCAACUUUUCUUUACAUGAAUGUAGUUAUGCUUGGCGUAAUGAUUGAAGCUCAUGAAGUCGUGGGUGAAUUCGUAUCCAAAACGCUAGAUGACCAAGAGUUGGUGAGAAACAUCAGAGACAGGAAGUUUGACCUGUUACUCACUGACCCCUGCUGGGGAGGUGGAGCCAUUUUGGCCAAAUAUUUGAAUCUUCCUUUGGUUUAUAACGUUCGCUGGCUGGUAAUUGCAGAUGCUCAUCUUGCUAUUGCUCCUUCACCUAUAUCAUAUAUUCCCAUAACAGGAUCUGGCAACACUGAUAAAAUGAACUUUUUACAAAGAGUUAAAAACAUUGGUGUCUAUCUCUUGACCCAAACACAAUACCACUUGGUGGUUAAGCAAACAUACCAGAGGAUAUGUGACAAAUAUCUUGGGCCUGAUAAUGAAUUUCACCAGUUAGUGCUCAACGCAGACAUUUGGUUGAUGAGAACUGACUUUGUGUUUGAGUAUCCACGUCCAACUAUGCCUAAUGUUGUGUACAUGGGGGGGUUCCAGUGUAAACCUGCAAAACCACUUCCUGAACACUUGAAGAAGUUUGUUCAGAGCUCUGGGGAACAUGGAGUCAUCAUCAUGUCUCUGGGGACUUUCGUGAGUGAACUCCCUGCGGACAUGACAAACGAGAUCGCUGCAGCUUUCGCUAAAUUACCUCAGAAAGUCAUCUGGAGGCAUAAAGGUGACAGACCAGCCACUCUAGGCAACAACACCUUACUAGUGGACUGGAUGCCACAGAUUGACCUCCUGGGACAUCCAAAGAUUAAACUAUUUGUGGCUCAUGGUGGAACAAAUGGAGUCCAAGAAGCUAUUUAUCAUGGAAUCCCAGUUGUGGGUCUACCUUUGUUCUUUGACCAGUAUGACAACCUGCUCCGUCUGAAAGAGAGAGGAGGGGCUAAGAUUCUGACAUUAGCCACAGUGGAAAAAGACAACUUCCUUGAGACUGUACAAGAGGUCCUGAAUGAGCCCUCCUACAGGGCCAACAUGCAAAGACUCUCCAGGCUGCACAGAGAUCAGCCAAUAACACCACUGGAUAAAGCCCUCUUCUGGAUAGAGUUUGUCAUGAGGCACAAAGGUGCAGCUCAUCUGAGAACAGAGUCCUACAGACUUCCCUGGUAUUCCUACCACUCUGUAGAUGUAGUUUUGUUCCUGGCUGGAGCUGUGCUGCUUGUGCUCUUAUUUAUUUUGAUGUUGAUGAGGUGUUUAUACGCUGCACUGUGUAAAUCUAAAGUGAAACAAGAAUAAUAUCAGUAAAAAUUAGGACUUCUACAGCCAAACGAGGGUAUGAUUUUGUAAAAGAAACAAUUUGUCUUUGGCGGCUGUGGAGGUUGUCUGUCACAAUAUUGAAUUAGUUUGAUGUUCAAAUUUAAAAAAAAAUCUUUAUACUUAUCAUGAUCCUGAUUAAGAGUGUACAAAUGAAAAACUAGGUCACUAAAUAUAUAUAUAUAUAGUGACACUAUAUAUAUAUAUAUAUAUAUAUAUAUAUAGUGGUAAAUAUAUAUAUAUAGUGACCUAG